AUGCAUAGCCACCACCACCACCAGCAACAGUAUGACGACUCGACCCUCACGCUGACUUCGAUCGGCACGCCCGACCCUUUCGUGACCCGGGCUGGUGGGCUUUUCUACUUUACCUUUACCACCGGCAACAGGAUCGAGAUAUGGUCCUCGCGAUCCCUGGCCGAUAUUGAGAGUGCCGCUACGCGACAUGUGAUCUGGACCCCUUCACCCUUCACCGACACCGAGGCCAGCGCGGACCUCUGGGCGCCUGAGCUUCACGCCGUUCGCGGGCGUUGGUACAUCUACUACGCGGCCGCGCACCCGGAGCGCGGUAAUGCCAGCCAUCGCAUGUACGUGCUGGGCGGGCCGCCGGCCGACGAAGAUCCAUGCCAGGGCCAGUGGGAGUUCCUGGGCCGUAUUUCCGGCACGCCAGACGGGCAGUGGGCGAUUGACGGCACGGUGUUCGAGAUCGACGGCAACCUGUACAUGGCGUACUCGGGGUGGCCGCUCGAGGACUCUGGGCGCGAAUCGGACCUCGUGCAGCAAUUAUUCAUCGUGCGCCUGAAAGACCCGACGAGAGCGGACAGCGCACCGGUCCUGAUCUCGCGGUCCGAUCGCGACUGGGAAAUCUCGCGCGAUGACAAGGGUGAGCAUGGAAUUAAUGAGGGCCCGCAGUUCCUGUGUUCCCCAUCUGGCCUCGGUGACGGUGGGAACGGGAGCAGGAAUGGGCAUGGGCAUGGGAAUGGGAUUGCCGAUGGGAUUCUCGAUGUAUACCACAAUGGCAAGGGGGGCAUCAGGAUCCUCGAUGGGAAUGGGAGUGCGAAUGUGAGUGGGACCACCACAGCCUCAUGGAGGGGCCUCGUCUACUCGUGUGCCGGUUCCUGGACGCACGAAUACAAAAUGGCGUCACUGCAGUUCCUGGGCGGCGACCCGCUGGCGCCCGCAUCCUGGCGCAAGAGCGCGGCGCCCCUGAUCGAGACCGCCGAGGGCGGCAGGGGACCCUUCGGCCCGGGCCACGGCAGUUUUCUCGACCUCGGCGACGGACAGGUCGUCGCGGUGUACCAUGCAACGGACCGCCCGACGGACGGGUGGGAGAACCGCCGCGCUCGCGUUCAGCGCGUCGCGUUCACGCCCGAGGGGCCGUACAUGGGGAAGGCGUUUGGGAUGGAGGCAAAGGACAAUGGGAAGGGCAAUGGAAAGGCGGGCAGGUUGUUGGGACGGCUGAAGGCUAAGGUCAAGGGCGCGGGAGGCAGAGAGGACAAUCCGCUGGGGGAGGAGAGUCUGAGGGCUCUGCUUGAGGGACGGACGGUCGCGAAUGGGAAUCAUGGGCCCGACUCCGCCUUCUGCUCAGCACAACAUGAUUUUGCCUGCAUUGUCUACAUAACCACCAUGCGCCUUUUACACGCAAAAACUGAGAAACUACACGAGUUCUUCGAUGACCAGAUCCCGGAAUACGCGAUCCUCUCGCACACCUGGCUGGACGACGAGGUGAAGUUCCAGGACAUGAACCCGGGGAAGAUACGGGGAUGCUGCCAAGAGGCCAUCCGAGACGGCCUGGAAUGGGUGUGGGUUGACACCUGCUGCAUCGACAGCACGAGCAGCACUGAGCUGCAGGAAGCUAUCAACUCCAUGUAUGACUGGUACGGGAACUCAGAGGUGUGCUACGCCUACCUUGCCGACGUCCCAGCCGGUCAGGAUGCCCAUAGGCCGGAUUCCAAGUUCAGGAAGAGCCGUUGGUUUACUCGAGGUUGGACGCUGCAGGAAUUGCUGGCACCCACGUCGCUCCAGUUACUUGACCAGGAUUGGAAUCUUGUCGGGUACAGAGACGACCUGGCGCAGGUUGUCGAGUCCAGCACGGGUCAUCUCUGA